UAUAUAAAUAUUUUGAAAAUACCAAAAAAGGGACUAAAGAUUUUGUACGAGCAUCUAAACCCUGUGGAUUGUUACAAUCUUGCAAAGGCUUCUCCGGAAUUGAAAAAACAAGUCAAAAAGCAUAAACCUCUUUCGAUUCGAAACAUUUACUUACGAUUUGAUGACGAAAAAUCAUGUGUCGGUGUGUAUUUCGAUAGGCAUAGAUACAAAUAUACUGCCUGUGUAUUCUAUAUGUGGAAGAAAGGAGAUGGAAACUAUAGAUUUUGGAAUAACUUAUACUAUCUGAAACCUGCAAAAUUUCAAAGCUACUUAUACACAAAGUUAACCCAUCCAAAGGAAGUGAAAGCAAUGCAAGGGACAAUGUUUCCAAUUGAUUUUUUAAUGGGAAUGCUGGAGACACAGAAAGAUUUAUGCUCGAUUUUCGAUGCAACAAAAGCCACUCGUUAUGUUGGAGUGAAUUUAAUCAACGCUUCGAAUGUAACUCUCGAUGACCCAGAAUGGUUGACACGUGAACAUGUGUUAUCUCUGAAUUGUGCAACCGCCGAUAUCGGACACAACAAUCUAACAGCUGACGAUUUGAAUGCGUUUCUUAUGCAAUGGAUGUUUCUCGAUACGAACCAGAUAAGAACGGAACGAUUUGAAAUUACUUUGAGUCCACAGGCAUUUCAAAAUAAAAAAGCGAUUACCAAUGGCCUCGUGUUGUUGGAUUGGGAUCCGAAACAAAGAGAAGGAGAGUAUUUUGAUGUUGAUCAAUACUUAAUGAAGAGCACAAUUCGAGAUCCCCAUAGUUUCUAUGAUUGCAAAUUCUCAAAAGAUAUUCUUCGAGAAGAUGGACAGCUCGCAACUGUGUUGUUCCAUGGAAAACGACUUCAUUUUUUAGUCUGGAAGAAUCGAUUUCCAUACAAAAUUCUGAAAGAAGCUCGAGAAAAAGAAAAGAAUUCACAGAUGAGAGUGAUGUGGGGUAGAUGUGUGAUCGAGGCAUUGCGAUUAAUGAAUGACACCUUCCACUACCAUCCAUACCGUCAACGUAAGAACUCAUCCACUUCGACCUAUUCUGACUGUUCAAGUCUCUCCGCCAGCCCUUCAAGUUCUACAAUGACCUCCACUCCACCACCUCAAAACUGUUCAGCAAACAUUUACGAUCGUCUCAAAGACUACAUCAGUGAGGUUCCAAAAGAUCCAAUUGUGUGUCAAAUACUCCUAAAUAGCCUUGCACAUAUCAUCGAGCUCGAACGCCAACUCGCCGAUUUGGAGCAGAAAACUGAAAAUCUGAAAAUGCAUCAAUGUCCGCCUCCACCAUAUUAUGCUUCAACGAAACUACAUCAUGAGAAGGUCCCUGAAGACUUGGUUACUGUCGACGUCUCCGAGUUCAAACAUCUCGUUUACUCAGCACCUCUCGUUUAUGACACAAUUUCCUACUGA